CGUCCAUCCGUCCGCCCGUCCGCCCGCUCAGCGCCGCUCGCUCCGUCUUCUUCCCACCCUCGGCAGCCGCCCAGCCGCCGGGCCGCGCGGUCAGCAGCAUGUUCAGCUGGGUGAGCAAGGACGCGCGGCGCAAGAAGGAGCCCGAGCUCUUCCAGACGGUGGCCGAGGGCCUGCGGCAGCUGUACGCGCAGAAGCUGCUGCCGCUCGAGGAGCACUACCGCUUCCACGAGUUCCACUCGCCGGCGCUGGAGGACGCCGACUUCGACAACAAGCCCAUGGUGCUGCUGGUGGGCCAGUACAGCACGGGCAAGACCACCUUCAUCCGCCACCUCAUCGAGCAGGACUUCCCCGGCAUGCGCAUCGGGCCCGAGCCCACCACCGACUCCUUCAUCGCCGUCAUGCACGGCCCCACCGAGGGCGUGGUGCCGGGCAACGCGCUGGUCGUCGACCCCCGGCGCCCCUUCCGCAAGCUCAACGCUUUCGGCAACGCCUUCCUCAAUAGGUUUAUGUGCGCUCAGCUGCCCAACCCUGUCCUGGACAGUAUUAGCAUCAUCGACACCCCAGGGAUCCUGUCAGGAGAGAAGCAGCGCAUUAGCCGAGGCUACGACUUCGCAGCCGUGCUAGAGUGGUUCGCGGAGCGCGUGGACCGCAUCAUCCUGCUCUUCGACGCCCACAAGCUGGACAUCUCGGACGAGUUCUCGGAGGUCAUCAAGGCGCUCAAGAACCACGAGGACAAGAUCCGGGUGGUGCUCAACAAGGCCGACCAGAUCGAGACGCAGCAGCUGAUGCGCGUCUACGGCGCGCUCAUGUGGUCGCUGGGCAAGAUCAUCAACACACCCGAGGUGGUCCGCGUCUACAUCGGCUCCUUCUGGUCCCACCCGCUGCUCAUCCCCGACAACCGCAAACUCUUCGAGGCUGAGGAGCAGGACCUGUUCAAGGACAUCCAGUCCCUGCCGCGCAACGCUGCGCUCCGCAAGCUCAAUGACCUCAUCAAGAGGGCGAGGCUGGCCAAGGUACACGCCUACAUCAUCAGUGCCCUCAAGAAGGAGAUGCCCAACAUGUUCGGGAAGGAGAGCAAGAAGAAGGAGCUGGUCAACAACCUGGGCGACAUCUACCAGAAGAUCGAACGCGAGCACCAGAUCUCGCCCGGAGACUUCCCCAGCCUCCGCAAAAUGCAGGAGCUACUGCAGACCCAGGAUUUCAGCAAGUUCCAGGCGCUGAAACCGAAGCUGCUGGACACGGUGGACGACAUGCUGGCCAACGACAUCGCGCGCCUCAUGGUCAUGGUGCGCCAGGAGGAGUCGCAGAUGCCCUCGCAGGCCGUCAAGGGCGGCGCCUUCGAGGGCACCAUGAACGGGCCCUUUGGGCACGGCUACGGGGAGGGCGCGGGUGAGGGCAUCGACGACGUCGAGUGGGUGGUGGGCAAGGACAAGCCCACGUACGACGAGAUCUUCUACACGCUGUCGCCCGUCAACGGCAAGAUCACGGGCGCCAGUGCCAAGAAGGAGAUGGUCAAGUCCAAGCUGCCCAACACGGUGCUGGGCAAGAUCUGGAAGCUGGCGGAUGUGGACAAGGACGGGCUGCUGGACGACGAGGAGUUCGCGCUGGCCAACCACCUCAUCAAGGUCAAGCUCGAGGGCCACGAGCUGCCCUCCGAGCUGCCGCCACACCUCAUCCCGCCCUCCAAGCGGCGGCACGAGUGAGCCGGGCCGGCGGGGCGGGGGGGGGAGGCGCCCCACUUCUCCAGGUCCAUAAAGGCCGAGCGGCCCUGGCCUCGGCGCGAGCAGCGGACAGGCGCCCUCUUUUCUUUGACGGGCUGUGCCAGGCCCGGCAAGGGUGGCUGGUCGGGCGGGGCGGCGCUUGGGGUGGAGGCGGAAAUUUUCACGCAUCAGAACUGUGGAUAUUUUUAAUAUAUACCGUUCGAGGCAGU